AUGCAAGCAAAGGAUAGAAUAAUGAGCCAUGUGCUAGAGAAGAAAAAUUCUGAUAUCUAAAGAAGAGACUCAGUGUCUUCUCAAUAAUAAAAAGCUAGAGAAGAUAUGAUAAAGCAAGUAGUAAUGAUGGGUUUUGACAUGGAUGUUGUAGAGUAUGCAGAGUUGCAUGUAGAAAAUCUAACUGUGUAAGGGCUUCUGGAUUAUCUUACUAAGGAUGACAGAGGAUAUUAUGGACAUGAUUUCGUUGAGACUCACGGUAUGGUCUGCUAUCUCUGCAAAGAAGAUGCUUCUCAUCAUUUAAAUUUCAAGGAGAUAAGACUUGUUGAAAUUCAGCCCAUACCUACCCCAGACUUGAAUCUUAUGAAGCAAAAGAGUCAUAAUUUAGCAGAAAAGUUGAAGAGUGAGAUUCAUUAUUUAGACUCAGAUUAGAUUUGUCCAAUUUGUUGUGAGCCAAAGACAUAGUACCUUGAAUUGGAUUGCAAAGAUUAGCAUAAAUUUUGCACAGAUUGCACGAUAUAAUAUUUGAAAACUAACAUUAACGAUGGAAAAGUGCUUGAUAUAAAAUGUAUGGAUGCAAGCUGCUAAAUUUAUAUAAAAGAACAAGUUAUACUAGAUUUACUUUAAUCAGAAUAAGAACUAUUGGAAAAGUAUAAAAGAUUUGUAUUCAGGAGAAAGAUCGAGAAGGAUCCACUCAUUAGAUGGUGUUCAAGGCCGACUUGCGAAAAAUACGUUAAGGCAAAAAGUAUAAAAGAUAAGAAAUUGAAAUGUGAAUGUGGUCAACUUGUCUGUUUUCAGUGUGGAAAUGAAUAUCAUGGCUCAUCAAAAUGCGAUAGUGUAAUUGACAAGCAGUUUUUUGAUUGGGUAAAUGAAAAUAACGUGAGAUAUUGUCCCUCUUGCAAAAUAAGAAUUGAAAAAAAUGAUGGUUGUAAUCAUAUGACUUGUAUUUAUUGCAGAUUUGAAUUUUGUUGGAUAUGUGGAGGCAUGUAUGCUCCAGAUCAUUUUAAUCCUCUAAAUCCCAUUGGAUGUACAGGUACUUUCAAUUUAAGACCUGGAUUUUUUAAUCAACUUACAGUGUUUUUGAAGAGAUUGAUAAAAGGAAUAUUUAUGCUAAUUCUAUUGCCAUUUUUCGUUAUUUUUAUAACUCCAUUAUUUAUGGCAGGAUUAUUCGUUGAUAAGUGCUUCAGAUAAAGAAUAUCUCCUUAUUAGGGUUGUAAGAGGAAAGUAGCUCUUAUAUUAGUAGGAAUUUUAGGAUUCCUUCUUGGAUUAGUUUUGAACGUUUUAACUAUUCCCCUUAUUGUUAUUGCACUACCAUGCUUCCUUGUAUUUUCAAUAGUUAAUAUUUGUCGAAGAUAUCGGUAAAGUAGAUUGCUCGUUCAGCAAAGAUUGCGAGAAAUGAAUAGAGAUCAGGCUAUUGCUGUUUGA